UGGAGGGAGGGGGGAGGGGGGCGCCAACAGCCCCAACUUUGAAUGUAUGCCGGCCCAGUGUGUCGCUCGGUCCGCCCGCACUGUUUUCUUCUGCUUUCUCUGCAUCCUCCCACUCGAGCGGCGGCAGAACAACGACUCGCUGUUCGCUCGCUAAUCCGCUUUUUGGCUCCUAAAAAGAGAAUUCCGCGACUCCAUAAAAAAAAAAAGAAAAAAGAAAGAAAACAAGAAAGGCUGGAAGUGAGCAAGCAACUACAUGGACUACUAGACCGAACAUGAAGAGCCUUAAAGCCAAGUUCAGGAAAACUGAUGUCAACGAGUGGAACAAAAAUGACGAGCGGUUGCUUGCUGCAGUGGAGCAUGGUGAGGCGGAGAAGGUGGCAUCCCUUGUCGCCAAGAAAGGUGCCAGCGCUGUGAAGCUGGACAGCGAAGGCAAAUCAGCUCUUCACGUAGCAGCGUCACGUGGUAUCACCGACUGCCUAGCUGUCCUCCUCUCACACGGCUCUGACCCAACAGUGGCUGAUGCUGCAGGUAUGAACCCGUUACACCUAGCAGCCAAGAACAAUCAUGCUGAAUGCUGCAAAAAGCUUAUUCAGAGUAAAUGUCCUGUUGAUGCAGUUGACGGCUCAGGAAGGAGCGCUUUGCACCAUGCUGCUCUUGGUGGGAAGAUCCAGACUGUCCAAUUUCUGUGUGAAAUGAAAAGUGCUAUCAACCUCAAAGAUGCCGACGGGCACACCCCUUUGCUCCUGGCAGCCAAACACGGCCAUGCUGAAGUGUGCCUCACUUUGCUGGACUGCGGCGCUGAAAUCAGCACUUCUGACAACAGUGGCAGGACGGCGUUAAUGCUCGCCACAGAGUCCCAUGCGGUUGCUGUCGUCGAAGUUCUGGUCCACAGGGGGGCGCACCUGUCCCCAGUGGAUUUGCACGGCCACGAUGUCCUGCACUACGCCAAAUUGUCCACCAACUGUGAGGUCAAAGCUGCACUCACUACUGCUCUGACCAGGCAGCUCCCUGAUCCCAAGUCUCCCGGAAGUCCCGCGCAUGAUCAAGUAGCUAAGCUAAGUGAUGAACGGAUCACAACUCCCAAAAAACGAAAAGCACCUCCACCUCCUAUUAGCCCACUGCAGAAGUCUGGAACAUCAUCUCCUUCAGUUUCUGGGACCCCAUCAUCCAACAAAAGUGAAACUCCAAAGCGAUUCAACUACAAGGAGGAUGAAGUCCGAGAGGACUUCGAGAGGCUGCGCAACAACCAGAGAACCAUGUUGCCCGAGACAAUGGACGACUCGAGGGACGCCGAUGAUGUGGAUCCGAAGGUAGAGCCCGGUGUUACGGUAUCCGCCGCUCUUGUUUCAGCCCUUCAAGCUAAGAUUACCGCUCUUACUCUGGAAAACCAGCAACUGGCCAGCAAUUUUAAGAAACAUCCAUCACUCCAAGCAAACGAGGACCUGAAAGAAACCAGCCGUCCCGACAGCAUGACCUCUAACUCCUCCUUCCAUUCCACACAGGAUGACUUAGAGCUAGCAGCAGCUGUACCUUCCACCGCCCACGCACCGCGGGAGGACGGAAUCGGGGAUGAAGGGAUAAGGGGGAGCCAAGAGGAGACACGACUGUUAAGACAGGCGCUCGAGAACGUCCAGAUGAAGUUGCUGGAAACCAGAAAAGAGAACCGCUCGCUUCACGCUCUGUUGAAACCUGAGAGGAGCACAGAAAUGGGCCAGGGAGAGGAGGGAAGCGUGAGGGAGAAAGGAAAAGAGGAAGAGUUGAUCGAGAGUCUGGCGGAGCUGCAGGCAAAGCUGACAGACACCCAGGAGAGAUACCACCAAGCUGUGGAGGAGGUGGAAGAGUUGAGAGCGCAGAUGGGAGGCGAGCUGGCCAAUCAGCGGCAAGCGUCUGCGCUCGAGCAGGAAGUUAAGCAGUUGAAGGCGCAGCUCGUCCAGACGGGCUGCGAGCAUGAGAACGCGGCUCAAAGAUUGAGACAGCUGGAGGAGGCGCUGAGGAGGGCCGAGGAGGAGGGACGCAGCGCUAUAGAGAAACAGGGGAGGACGGCAAAAAUGGAGGAGCUGUACAAGGAGGCACAGGAGGAGAUUAGGAUGCUCCAGGAGGCUCUGAGGGGCACAGUUCCUGUGGAGGCUGCGGCCAAAGAUUUUGAGAAAAUGAAGUCUGACCUCAACGAGGUCAUAUGCGGACUCCAGCGUCGCCUGCUGGAGUUGUCGCACUCCUACAGCGAAACCCGGGCUCAGCUCGGCGCCGUGCAGAAGCAGCUGGCCGAGAGCAGCCGGGCGCCGUCUCCGCCCUUGGAGGAACUGCACCAGGAGAUGCAGAACCGGCUGGAGGAGAUGCAAACGCUGCUCACCGACAUGGAAAAAAAGUACUCUGCAGCGCUGGAGGAGAUCUCGCAGCUGAGGCAGGAAGCGGAGGUUCAGGCGCAGAGCUCUGUUGCCCUCGCUGACCACACUCAAGUGAUUUCGUCUUUAGGAAAUGCCAUCAAAGAGCUAGAAAGCCAAUCGGAAGAACUGAAAGAGCAGCUCUGCCAGAAGACCUUGCAACUGGAUUCUCUCCAGAACAGGCUGACGGUGGAGAAAGACACCACCUCGGAGGAUUCAAUCUCCGGCGAGGAGCACAAUAAAAUGCGAGAGCAGCUGGAGGGCAAGGUGAAUCACCUAAUGCAGCUCUUCCAGGAGGCCCUAAGGAAGCAAGACGAGAUGGCUCUGGAGGCGGCUGAUGCCUGGCAAAAGGCGCGGGACAAUCGAGCAGAGCGGGAGGCCAUACAGGAGGUUCUGACGUCAAGGGAGAAAGAGAACCAGAGCCUGAGCUCCAGGUUGGCCGAGUCCCAGGACGCUGUGUGUCAGCUCAAGCAGCUGGUGGAGAACCACGUGGCCUCUGAGAGGGAAAAGAACAAGCGGAUAGACGACCUGUCCCGGGAAGUAGCCAAGCUAAAGGAGGCCUUAAAUAGCCUAUCACAGCUCUCGUACAGCUCAGGGUCACCCUCCAAGAGACAGCAGCAGAACCAGCAGCUGGAAGCAUUGCAGCAACAAGUCAAACAACUGCAGUAUCAGCUAGCCGAGUCCAAGAAGCAGCACAAUGAGAUCGUGUCAGUCUACAGGAUGCACCUUCUCUAUGCUGUUCAGGGCCAGAUGGACGAGGAUGUGCAAAAAGCCUUGAAGCAAAUCUUGAUGAUGUGCAAGGUGCCAAGUCAAACCGAGGAGGCCUGCUGAGAUGCACUGAGCACGCUCCAAAGCCAACAAACCCAAAACAAACACACUGAAGUCAAGUGCUGCUGCCAAUGUCCUGCGAGGCUGCAUCACAGCGUGCCUCUAGACUUACAUGGUCUGCUUGCAAAGUCUCAACUAGAAAAUCAUGGGAAACCAAGAGACCAAACAUUCAUUAACAUCAAUCAACAACCCAACUUCCUAUCUGUGCGUACACAAAGUACAUUUUAAAUCUCACAUUGAUGCACGAAAGCAACGACUACAAUCCUGUUCUGUUACAUUGUGUGUAUAAAUAAAAGCCUUAUUGGUGCUGCCAUUUAUAGCAUCUAUUUUUACAAUACAACUAUGAUAUUUUUACUUGCUGUCCAAUUGUAUAACACUUUCCUUGGUACAAUCUAAAUUAUUAUUUUUGCCCUGAUAGCAAUGCAUGAGAUUGUGGCCACAUUUGCAUGACGAUGUUUGUAUGUUUUUUACGAUACUAAAAAUGUAUUUUUGUCCAAGUUACUGUACGGUAAGAGGAGGCUUGUGUUUGAAUGUUAUGCUUUUUGUCCUCCAAUGUAACAAUGCACUAUUUGGUCUACUGACAUGUUAACUCGAGUUUUUAUUCGCGUCCUUUUUACAUUGUAAAGGGUUGAAUAUUCAGUGUCAUAGAAAGAUGGGCUCAUUUAGUAGAUAUUGUGCCUGCACUUAUUGAUAAGACAAUUUAAUGUGACUCUGACUCGUCUGCAUCACAGUCUAAAUGAGCUGUGAAAUGCCAUAUUAGACUAAUUUGAUGUCCCAGCUCCAUUUCAUCAUGUUUAAUGUCUGCAGCACUUUUAUGUAGUAUAUCUCCUAAAAGGUUCACUCCUCCACCCUCUUUUGCCUUAGUACUUUGCCAAGAGCCAUAGAACUUAGCAGGUGACUUUUUCUGGGGUGUUUUGACUGUUAGUAUACAAAAAGGAAUAUACAAAUCUGCCUGAUUUCAUUAUCAUUUCUCAUGUGUUGCUCAGGAAGAAUGGUAACGACACUCCUGACAAACAUAUGUUGGGGUGUGAGAAGAUUAGUCUUUUUGUUGUUGUUGCAUGUUUUGCUUUGUUAAAUGUCGUAAAACCAUCGUCCAUCAGGGCCUCUGAAAUAUUUUGCAAGGGCAAAAAGGAAAAAUGCAAGUUUGCUGUUUCUUUCCCAGCAAUUUUGUGGGGAUGUACAGUUGAUUUUUGUGCCCUCUUUAAUAAACUUAAUACUAAAAUAUUA